AUGACGCACACGUCGCUGCGACCUGCGUUCGUCUUCGCAGUGCUGCUCUGUCUCGCCUGCGGCGCCAUCGCCGGCCGCCAUCUACUCCAAACCUCCAACACACGCUACCAAAUAUUUCCCCAUUAUAUCCUCAUACCGUGGGUCACGAUGACUGGCUCGCUCGUGCACCCUGGAUGCUACCGUCACGGCAACUUCCCAAACCACAUCCUUCGCCUGCAGCGUUACGGGCGUAACAGGGGCGGCCCCGACUUUCUCCUCGCCUUCUUACUACAAUCUUAA